UUUUGCCAAACUCCAGUCAAGGAUUAGGUUAAAUAAAUAUAAAAGAGCAGUUAAGCAAUAAACAAGAGAUCUGAAGGUAAAAACAAAGAAAGAAAAAAGAGAGAGAUGGAUUCUGGGUUAUCAUGGGCUGAUCAGUGGGACACUAAUCCUGAUCCUUCACCAGCAGAGCCUGACAAGAAGAAGAAGAAGAAGAAGAAAGAGGAAGGUUCCACCAAAAGCAAGUUUAGCAAGUCAGUGCUGAGUUUCAAAUGGAUUAAAGAACUACGUAAGAAAGCUGAGCAAAAAAAUAAUGACAGCAAAUAAGAACAUAUGAAAACCCUAUCUCCAUGGAUCUUUCCAAAUUUUAACUUCAACUUUUACUAGAACUUUUAUAUUCUUUAUUGCUCUCUCUCUUUUUCUUUUUUCAUUUUUUAUCCCUUUCUGGUUCAAGAAUGAGAUUUAUGUGAACAAAUAAAAAAAAAAUCUUGUUUUCAUCUUAUAUUGUUCAUUGGGUAAAUUAUAUAUGAGUUUUUAUUUAUUGGAUAUUAAUUUAAGUGUAAUAUAAUUAUGUUUUCAAAGGAUAAACAAUAUGCUCGUUGAUGAGUUUAUAUAUGAAACUUGAGAUUUAUGACUA